UUCCACCUAAAAAUGGUGGACGAAAAUAAAGAAGCUGCUAGAAAAGAAUGUGAAUCACUUAGAGCAUUAGCAUUCUUCGGUGUUUGUCUCAGUACAGUUGCAAUGCUUGUAUCAGUUAUUUCCAUUCCUCUUUGCUAUCAAAAUGGCAAGAAUUUAAUAAAAAGAAGUUUUAAAAUGAAAAUCUUUUUUGGUUUCAGUGCAACGUCAAGCUUCUCUAGGCCAAAAUGA